AUGUUGGAUUCACAAUACAAUGCACAUAUAGGCGACUUUGGCCUUGCGAGGCUACUUCAAAACAAAGCCUUGGUCACAACCAGGAUAGCAGGGACACCAGGGUAUUUGGCGCCAGAGGUUAGCUUCACUGGUAGGGCUACCCCAGAGUCUGAUGUUUACAACUUUGGAAUGGUGGUUUUGGAAGUGGUUUGUGGGAAGAGAUCAAAAGGCAUCAUGUAUGAGAAUAGUUUAGUGGAUAGCGUAUGGACGUUAUACGAAAAGGUUGUCGAUGUAUUGCUCGAUUGCGUGGAUAGAUUGCUUGAAGGGAAAUUUGAUGAGGAGGAAGUGAAGAGGAGUUUGAUUGUAGGGCUUGCUUGUUUGCAUCCAAAUUUUAUGCUUCGGCCUCGGAUGAGAAAGGUGGUUCAAGUUUUCAUGAAUCCUAAUAAGCCUCCCUUGAAUUUGUCCGAAUCGCAGCCUAAUUUGGAAUUUGGUGAGGAACCAAACCCGAAACGAAGUGAAACAAACAGAACAAAACAGAAUAAGCACAGCAGACACAGCAACAGGGAGGCAGACUUUUGCAUACAUGAACCUAAGCCAAACCAAUUCAAAAAGCAAACUCCUCCAAUACAGCAGCAGACCACCAAACUGCAGACUGCAGCAGCAAAAAACAAAGGAACAAGUGCUCAGACCAUCAACCAAUUCAACCAACCAAGUGCCAAACAACCAAAUGCCAACUUCAGCAACCAAGUGCUAGACCACCAACCAAAAACCGACAGCAAACCAGUGCUAGCUAGAAACACAGCAGGUUAUGGUUGA